UAUAAAACCAAAAAGAGGAAGGUACCAAGGGAGAUAAGUUAUAAUUUCCCGCCACAACACGAAGGAAGUUUUGAUCCAUCUUAAUAGUUUUCUACUUCGUUCACUGUUCGGACCAAUAAUGUCUACGUUAAAACAAGUUAUUUCUCGCAUCAACGGUAGUAUGAUGCCGAAAUUUCAAGGACGAAAAGCCUGUUUACUAGGUAUUGCUGAAGGAGUUGACAGCAGCGGCCUAUCUUUUCAAUUGAAAACCUGCGACAAUGUAAACGUGAAAGUGUAUUUAACUGAACCAUUGAACGAAUACGUUGGUGGACUGACGGAGGUGUUUGGUGAAGUGAGUUCAAAUACAAGCAUUAACUGCCACGACUAUGUCCUCUUCACUAAGGAACAGACAGAUUCUUUUGAUAUGGAAAUGUAUAAUACUGCAGUGGAGAUGAUUAGCAAAUAUCCCGAAAAGUAUCUAGUUGGUGUGCGUAAUGUGAAGUGAAUCACGUAAAGACUCCGUGGUAUUUACUUGUACCAUUAUGUAUAUGACAGAUUAUUGCUAUUAUUUACCGUGGAGGUCGAGCUUGCUUUUCAGUGUUUUGGACAUUGAUAACAUUAAUAUUUGUCAGGUGCUGAGGCUGAUGUAAUCAAUUAUUUCCAUCUCCCCGCUCCACUAAAAUUGUAGCCUUGUACCUGUCAUGAACAUUAUUUGAAGAGGUUGGAACAGACAUCCGACAGUAUAUAGUUUCUUAGAAUGAACUCAACUUUUUCUUACAAAAUAUCAAGAUUCCGCUGACAAUUUUCUGAAAAAUUCUCUGUGUGAGAAUUCAUUACUUUAUUAUUAUUGUUAUUUCUGUAUUGACUGGUCUUAAUUGUUGCUAUACAACAGAAACUGUAAGAAAUAAUAAUUUUGUAACUUCUAUCAGAAUUUUUGCAAUUUUUGAUUUAUAGUUGAUGUCAUGCAUUGCUAUGGAAAUUAUUCACAGUAAAACAUUAAUGGGCAGAGAUGUAUAGUUAUUGAAUGUCAA